AGAAAUUGCCUGAUUAUGAUUUUCUUUUUAGUGUAAGAAAAAGCAGUUCGCCUAUAUUUGUGUUAGUUAACUUAUACAAGUGUGAGGUGACAGUGUGGUUAUAUACAACGGGCAUACGAACACAGGUUGAGAGAUAAACAUCUCCCCGUUCUCUAUAUUAUCGUUAAUUCACGAAUGAAUUAUGGCCGCUUACUAAGAAGACUUUGCGCGCCCCUUUCUUUCAGACUUGAUCAUCUUUGCCGUGGGACCGAAUACUGACAUCUUGAAGACUUUUCAGAACGAUCCUAAAGAUGCGGUAGUAGUGAUUCCAAAUUUUAUAGACGAGCAGCUUUUGCAACAAAUAGCUCGCGAACUCACAGAGGAAGUUUGUCAAGCUCCAGUAGUAAUCAACUGUCAAGAAUGCAUGUACAGCUCUACCAGCCAUGUCCACAACAGCCUAGAAGACUAUCAGACACCACUAACCAUCAAACAUUGGUCGUUCUACCCAAGUACAUUCAAGAACGUCCCCCUUGAAAUGAACGUGACGAUUGAGACGCACCACUUACCAAUCCGGGUCUGCCUUGACCGGCAAAACACAAGUUCUGUGAGGAUUCCGUUCCACGGUGACUUUUGCAGAGAAACGGGAAAUAAAGCCAAGGCUAUCCAGUACAACCUCCGAAGUCUCUGUUCCUCCAAAGAGUCGUCCACCUGUGAUUCGCUCUACUAUUCAGUUGAGGCAUUGCCCAGAAAAGCAGGGGAUGCGUUCAUCGAAUGCACUGAUUCCGGAUGCCGCUACCCGGACCAAACAAAGAUUACCAUUACUUAUGAAAUUGAUUUUAUUCAAGAGGAGAACAGUAUGCUUCUGAACCUCGAAGAACGUUCGAACACAAAUCGCGUCACCGGAAAUCCAUCAGCGUUUAAAAACCUGCUCACUUCCAAAUGCUCCAACUACACUUCCAUGGAAUAUCUAGGAAACGAAGAGCAUCAAGCGUCGGUAACGCUUGAUUACUUUCUGGAUUUGUUGGAGAAGAUAGAGGCGGGCUACCCUAGUAAAAACAUGUUUGACAUCGCAGCCUUACUUCUUCACUGGUUUUCGACCAAUGAAUAUAAUCCCAGUGAACUCCAGAUCUCACAACAGGUUGACAAAGGACAUACAACCCUAGAAUGGCAAAUUCUUCGUCCAUUGGGUUCAGGAAUGCCUUUGGAAUGGAAAGAUGAUGUGCUAACGGGGAGCGAGACCUGUUCGAUGUUCCUCAUGAUGUCACAUGCACUACAAAAAGAAAGAAACAACGAGAGUUUUAGUGUUGAGCGAGGCGUCGUUCGCAUCAACUGGCAGGCAGACAGGUUGGCCGUGGCACCCGCCAAAGUGCUACGGGGAAUCCUUUCUGCCAAUCUAAGCCGAAGCGGCAACCUGACGGACUUUCAGCCAGAAAGUCAAGUCGUCUCGGCUGAACCAACUCUGGCUAUUGACCCCCAAUAUGCGGUAACGCUCGGUGGUGAGUUUCGUAGUCCUUAA